GCGAAGAGACAGACGGAGCCGUCACAGAGACGCGCAGCCGGCAGCCGCACUCCCCGUCUCUCUCGUGUCUCCAGCGCCGAGUCCACUGACUUCAAUGAACGUGAAAUCGUCGUCUGCCUUCCGAGCGGAGCACAGCUUUCAGCAAAGGUCCUCGUCCAGCAGCAGCGGCGGCCAACCCCGGGAGCCAUACAUGGACAACAAGCUGGGCAUCUUCAGCGAUGAGUUUGGGAAGUUCAGGAGGCCCCUCGGGGACCCCAUCGGAUUCUCAGCCGGUUCUGGGGGUUCGGAGAACGUGAAGUCGCUGGGGAACACCUACCAGUUUGCCGUGGACGUGAGAGACUUUUCCCCGGAGGACAUUAUUGUCACCACUUCCAACAAUCAGAUCGAGGUCCACGCUGAGAAGCUAGCCUCAGAUGGGACCAUCAUGAACACCUUCACCCACAAGUGCAAGCUCCCGGAAGACGUGGACCCCACCACGGUUACCUCGGCCCUGGGCGAGGAUGGGAUGCUGACCGUCAAGGCUCAGAGGAACUCGGCGAAGCACACAGACCACAUGAAGGAAACGUUCCGGACUGAGAUCAAAAUCUAGAGGAAGGCUGCAGCCGGUGGAGGCCACGCCAAAGAACUGUUUGAGGGUUUAUCACAAAAGUUCUUUCUCAAAGGUUGUUACAAAGUUUGUGUCCACUGUCUAAGGAGUCACGUAGAGUUCUGAGCACCCCAGGCGUGGCGGUAUUAGUAGCUGUGUCUCUCACUAACAAUACUCGUGUUUGCUUUCAAAAUCCUCACAUUGGGCGCGCGUGGAACGCAGCCUCUGCCGGAGCCGAGACUCCACUAAGAACAAUCCAUAGAUAGUGUGGACAUUCCAGAAAUAACAUCUAAAAAUAGCCGGUGGACGCGGAGCGUGAAAGGGUCGGGAAAACCAUAGAGAGGCAGAAAGAGAACAAGUCUUCGCUUUCAUUAAAAUAACGAUUAUUAUGUGCAGAAUAAUAACCGAAAUAAACGGUGGAAAACGAAACACAA